CGGCUGUAUUUCAAAUACCUCCUUGUUGAAUACAUAGUGCGCUUUGUUUGGUGUAUUUCAUUGUUUCAUCCCCUGCGUAGUGCGCUUGUAGAGAGAGCAGUUAGCUGUGUGGAAUUUGCCCGACACUUGCCGCUAAGAAGUCGUCACGGUGUCGUAAAAUUGUCGCACAUAUAUAGGUGUCCCAGCGAAGUGAAGAUGGCAUCCUUCAGCAGAGACGAGAUGAAUCAUUUGCUGAUGGAGGUGAGUCCUGACAUCCAUAUCUGUGGCUUCUGCAAGCAGCAGUACAACAACUAUGAGGUGUUUCUUGCACACAAGCAGAAUGGCUGUCAGCUUCAUACCACAGACAUCUCAGUCACAAGUACUGGAGCUGCUGAAACUGUGCAAGAGUUUCCUUUGGAGGAGGGAUUGCAGACCUGUGUGUCAAAGGCCGUGAAGAAGACGGUAAAAACCCAGAAACCAGCCUCCAAAAAGCUGAAACCUGCACUCACCCAAAAGCGACGCAUUUGCAGCUUCUCGGGUUGUACAUUCAAAACCCAGUAUGGCCAGAAGGACAUGGAAAGGCACAUGCUAACUCAUACCGGCGACAGGCCGUUUGAGUGUGAACUGUGCCACAAACGCUUCAGCCGGCGGGACAAGCUGAACCUGCACAGCCGCUCACACACCGGGGAAAAGCCACACAAGUGCAAGCACUGCACAUACGCCGCCGCAGACAGCAGCAGCCUGAAAAAGCACCUGCGUGUGCACUACGACGAGAGGCCCUUCAAGUGCCAGAUCUGCCCAUACGCCAGCCGCAACUCCAGCCAACUCACCGUGCACCUGCGCUCACACACAGGUGAUGCCCCAUUCCAGUGCGGUGAGUGUGGUGCCAAAUUCAAAAUCAACUCGGACUUGAAGCGUCACACACGUGUGCACUCGGGUGAGAAGCCGUAUGCGUGCGAGCUGUGCGACUACCGCUGUGCCAUGAAGGCCAACCUGAAAUCGCAUGCCCGGCUGCGCCAUGGUGCUUACGCCUGCUCAGAAUGUGACUUCCAGUGCACAGCCAAGGCGGCACUGCGUGCACACUCCCGCCAGCACGCACCCGCCCGUCCCCUACGCUGCAGCUGCUGCCCAUACUCCUGCACGAGCAAGGGGGCACUCAAGAGACACGAGCGUGUGCACUCGGAUGAGCGCCCAUUCACCUGUCACCGCUGCCCCUUCGCCAGCAAACAGCGUGCCAACCUGCUCGUCCACAUGAGGAAGUGCCAUGGUGAGAAAGUUCUAGAUGGGCUCAGCAAAAGUGCCAAACGUGGAAAAGCAGGAGAUGAGUCACCCAAUCCUGCAGGUUCACGGUACCGGGUGAGGCUCGAAGCAGCGCGGGCGUUCCGCUGCAACCUGUGCGAUGCGUCGUUUGUGAGAGAAGAUUCGUUGCGAAGUCAUAAGAGGCAACAUAAUAACACAGAAAAACAGCUGAGACUCGCACAGACACCAAAUAGUGCUGCGAAACCAACAGAUAAAGGGCCCGAGCAGGUUUCGUUGACGCUCACAAACGGGUCGGUUCCUUCCUAUGGAAACGCGCAGCUCAAGAUCUUUGUAGCGCCUCCUCUAGGUCAGGAAGGAACGUACAUCCAGGCAGCAGUGGACGUCCCGUCUUCUAAACCCGGAACAGUUCUGCUUAGUUCAGAAGGCCAGAAUGUAAUUCUCAACCCUAUCAUACAGCAGGUUAGCCUGUUAACCCCAGUGCAACACAUGACCCCACCAGAAGGCAGCCUCGAGCACCAGACCGUCUUACUAACUCAUAUCAGUGGCAGUGAAGAAAACCCUCUACUACAGACAAAUGUUUCUUCUCAAACCCCAAUAGAGACUCAGACCUUUAUCAGUUCCACUUCAUCUUCAGAAAGCAGCCACGCGUUCAUCACGGCAUGCUCGGACCUUGACAGCCUGCACGCCCUCAUCCAGCAGGGCGGCGCUGAGGUCACUGUGGUCACCGAGGGCCACGCCUCCAUCACUACAGCAGCGACAGCACGCUCCACCUUCGACUCUCCACUGAACGUUGAAAGGCCACCAUCUGAGGAUGACCUGAAGCAAUCAGGAGAGAGGAAUCCAGCUCUGGACGAUGGUUUGGUUGUGCCUGAUAUAAACAUUGAGCCGUCUAGUUCCCUUCUUGUACACAAUGUUACCUUGUCAAUCUCAGAGCAGGAUCAGCAGGCACCCAUCUACCAGCUCUCACCCCAUCAGAUCUUCUCCGACUCUAAUCCACCAGACCGGAUUGAGGACUGAGCAAGAACGUUUCUGUUUCAUAUCUUCUGUGAUUUGUUUGAUAUGUUUAUGUUUAACAGAGAUAUUUUUAUACUCAUUCAUGGCAUGCUGCUUGUCUAGAGCUCUUGUAAGUACAUACAGUGAUUUACAGAAUGUACAAAUUGGGGGCGGGUGUUCUGAAAGAGUAAAAUUGUUUAAUCCUUAA